AUGGCCACCUUGAUCAUUUACCUUCUUCACCUCAAUCCACCCAUCUACUCAGCUCCACUCUCUUCCUACCUGGUAUCGUCCUUUACCCCUCCUGAUGCCGACUUCAACCUAACAUUCAACCACAUCACCAUCAACAAUAUCACCGGAGAUGUCUACAUUGGAGCACGGGAGAGACUCUAUCAACUCAACUCAGACCUGACUCUCAAACACACCGUCAAUACUGGAUCGUGCCUUUUUUUUCCAUAUUAUAAAGAUAAUACCAAUAGCAAUAGGCUUCUAUUGGUAGCUCCAUCACCUAUGAAUAAACUCAUCACAUGUGGUGGCUGUGAUGGUUUCUGUGAGACAAGAAACUUAACCAAUUUAUCACAUGAUGUAGUGAGACAUGACUCUUCUGGUACUCAGUAUGUGGUUACGACAUCCGAUGCACCCGUCGUUGGAACUGUGGUGUUGGGUGCAGACUACCAGGAUGAUGGAGUUGGUAAUGCAGAUGAGAGAUUAUACUUAUUUACGGGGAUCAGUGAUGCAUCACUUACCUUUCGAUCCAUCUCAAAACACAACCUUUUUGAUCUAAAGAAUGAACAACAUGUAACACAACCCCUAUCUUCUGCCCCACAAAACAUUUUCAAAUAUUUGAUGGCUUACGUGGAAAACCUCUACUAUUUAAUGUCUAGGGGAAACAAUCAGAAGAGUGCAUACUUGGGGCGACUGUGCCGUAAUUCAUUAGAUGAACAGUUUGCAUCCUACACAGAGAUACAACUACAAUGUGGAUCUUACAAUGAGAUCCAGUCAGGUCAUAUAGGAGCAGCAGGAUCCCAGUUAGCUGAUUCAUUCAGCUUGGAGAGUGCUGCUGAUCUUCUGUAUGCUGUAUUCGGAAGUGAUAUUUCAUCUGCUCUAUGCAUCUAUAAGAUGAGUGAUAUAGAGCAGAGUUUUGAUGAUGCUGCCAAGGGAUGUAGCCGAAUAGGAGAUAACAGAGGAACAGAGAGCAACUACCUUCAAGAUAGUACAUGUGCAGUGCAACAAAGGGACAGCGGGUGGUUGCCCUCUGGAUUUCAAGUAAGAAUAAAGGCGCGGGAUAAGAAGAGGCUAGUAAAAGUGUGGGAAAUAGAUGGCUUUGUCGUGAACUGCACUGUCAUGACUGUAGACUUACCCUUAAAUACCUCCAUUUCAGACAUAAGGCCAUCUUGA